AUGAUCAGAACCUACAACAAAGAAGAUGUUGCCAUUCCUCUCUAUAUCUUUGAGCCUCGUAUUUCUUCUCCGUAUUUAUAUCCUUUAUCUAAAUCACCAUCACCAAAAUAUUUACUUUCCCAACCUCCUUCUCAAUCUGCUGCUUCUUCUUUCGUUGAUUUUCUUCAAAACGUCAGUCCAAGUUACUUAGCGCAAAAGCAAAGAGAAUUACGACGAAAAAUCGAAUUAGUAAAAGGAAAAUCUGUUAAGAAAAUACAGGACGAAGUAAGCUUAAUUGAUACUUUAUUAAAUGCAGUAUCUGACCUAACAAAAGAAAAUAUUGAAUUAAAAUGA